AUGGAGUCCUCUGCUCAGGAGUGGUUUGAUUCAGAUGAGGCUGAGUUUCAGAUGCGGACGGCGGUGAGGAACUCGACGGUUUUGUGGCCUCGGGCGCGUCUGGUGCUGGAGACUCUGAUGGUGCUGAUGAGUCUGGGCGCAGUGAUGGGAAACAUUCUGGUUAUUGUGAUUGUUGCAGCCACCAAAACCUUCCACACUGUGACCUCCGUCCUCAUCAUCAAUCUGGCCAUUAGUGAUUUCUUAGUGGGAAUAGGAGUAAUGCCAUUUGUGGCUGUUUCCAUUAUGAACAACGGAUGGGUCAACUGCAAUGAUCUAUGUCUGUAUGUCGGCUACACAUCUUCAGUCUACUGCACAGCAUCAGUCUUAACACUUGCUGCUAUCGCCCUGGACCGUUAUUUCUCCAUUGUGGACUGUCUGCGGUAUGAUUCCCGCUGCACAAUUUGGAGAACAGGUUUGGCAGUGCUAUGGAUCUGGCUGCAAGCUAUGGUGACCAGCUGUCCUCCCCUCUUGGGCUGGAGCAACAUUAGUUUCGUGGCUCCCAUGUACAGCUGUGCAGUGAACUGGGCCAACAGCCCAAGCUACACCGUCAUAAUGGCCUCAUUAACAUUUCUUCUACCAGCUAUAGUCAUCCUGUUCUGCUAUGUGAAGAUUGUCCGUGUGGCACGGUACCACGCUAGGAGAAUUCACAGUCUGGAAGAACAUCUCCAACGUAACAGGACCCCAUCUGUCUUGAAUCUCCAACACUCAUUCAUGGACUCCUUCACACCAUCCAAGCUGGUGUACCAUGUGAGUGGGAAGUUUGUGAUGGAUCAAUUGGAUGUUCCUGGUGAAAUUUCUCCAGAUGCACCAUCUGAGAUGUCUUCCAAGUCAGCUGGUGGACGUCUGCACUCAUUCUUGGCUCAAAUCCAUAGCAGUAGCCCGCAGAAUCCCAACCAAACUCAACAUCAUGGAGUCUUGAGGUUGUUCUUGGUCAUCGCCGCUUUCUUCUUGUGCUGGACGCCCUAUAUAAGUGUAGCUCUGGUGCAGGCCACCGAAACUGCCCUGUCCCGACCCAGCAGCCUCGUUCCCCCAUCAGCAGUCACUUUGUCCUAUUGGCUGGUGCUGUUCAAUUCUGAUAUCAACCCGUUGUUGUAUGCGCUCCUCAGCAAGCGUUUCCAAGUUGCCUUCCAGAGUUUGAGAUGGAAGAUCCAGGCCAGGUUGGGGAGCGUUGUGGGACAAGGAGGAGGAGCUGAGAGGUCUACAGUUGGAGGUGGAGGCGAGAGUGACCCCACUAACGGAACGACCCACAGCUCCACAGCGCACUCCAGGAACGACGGGGAAGCGGCAUAUCCUUCUGUCUUCACUCUCAGCUCUCAGUUACCCAACAGCUUCAAGGAGCAGCUGAAUAAUGUUCUUCCUGUGGCCACUUCUCAUCCUGUUUGUCAUAAAUGUGGUGGACAAGGUUCUAGGACGGUGGACCACCUGCAGGUUCCUUCCAAACAGCAUGAGCGGAACAGACUUCCUUACUCUGCUGCUACUAAAAAGAAACAAGCCACGUUCUUUUAUGGACAGAUCACAGUAAGAGUAGAACAUGAUAUUUGCUGAGUUUAUCACAGCUCAGCAAGUUAUUUUAAAUCGUAAUAGUAUUUUACAAUAUUGCUGUUUUUAAUGCAU